AUGAAGGAUUCUCUCACGAUGACUGCGAUUCCAAUUCCUACAGGGACAUCCCACCGUUCCCUCUCAUCUACCUCGAUCGAUAUGCAGUCUCAAUUCGGCUAUUCAGACUGCUAUUCGUCCUACUCUUCCUCACCAGGAGGAAUGGAUUUUUUCUUCUACGGUAGCCAGCCUGUCUACGACUCUCUGUACGACCUAGAAACAACCAGUCCAUUCCCCAUGCCAGAGGCCAACCCAGAGGUAUACGGCCUCACCAGCUCUCCAUACACCUACACCUCGCCGCAGGAAUACCCAAUCUUCCCCCAGCGCAUGAUUCCACCAAGCGCACCACCUAGCAGCUGCGGAAGCAGCUACAGCAGUAGCUACAAUAGCAAUUUCAACUUCCCCGCCGAGGAGAUCUCCCUGCCCCCAUACCCCACCAGCGCAUACGACUCAGGAUCCGACUCGCCAGCGCCUACAUCUUCAUUAAAGCCUAAGCCCUUCGGGUGCGAUAACUGCGGAAAGUCAUUCACUCGUUUUGCCGACUUGAAACGCCACCAGUCUAGCGUCCACUACCCCGUUUUCCGGAACUGCCCUGUUGAGCACUGCUCACGCAAGGGGAAGAAUGGCUUCCCGCGACAGGAUCACCUUGUCGAGCACCUGCGCUCAUACCACCACAUGGAUGUGCCCAAGCGGGGCUCUUGCAAGCGAUCCGCGAAGCACAUCUCAUGA